AGGGGAAAUUCCAUUUCUAUUGCAGCAGACUUAAUGAUUACCUCAAUGCCUUAUAAUCGACUACGGGAAGCUAUACUUCAUAAACGGAAACUGUCAAAACAUAUUCUCGUCGCAAUGGUAUUAAUCAGUUCAAUGCUUCUUUUAAUAAAUAUAAUGCAAGAUUCGAAUGAGGAGGGAGAUGAUGUUCCUGUAGAAGGGACUCCAACAUUUAAAGCAUUUUAUAAUUGUGUUUAUCCAAAACUUGCUUCAUUGAGAGGAAACUAUGAAAUGUUCUGGACAUCUUUUGUCAAUUUAACGAAAGAAUGUGACGGUCUUGAAGAAUAUAAAGCACUUGAUAUCCAACCUGUUGCUAACACGGACGAAGUUAAAUACGUGGCAUUUCCAAAAAGAGAUGAGAAUAUUACAAUGGUAACACUUGGUAUUGGACAUGAUGUUGAUGCAGAAAUGAGAUUGAAAAAGCUCUGGCCAAAAACCGAAUUUUUCGGAGUUGAUCCAAGCCCAGAAAUCAAUAAGGAUUUAUAUGAAGUAAAGCUUGGUGGAAACUAUUUUCAAAUAGCUGUCAGUGGCAAAGGGGGAAUGCAGAAAUCGUAUAUAUUCAGAAAAGAGUAUCGCGAUGAAGCCACGAUGCACAUUGGAGCUGACUAUUUCUUUGGUGACAUGCUUCAAAAACCAAGAGUUGAUAUUUUGUGGAUGGAUACCGAAGGAAAUGAAUUCCCUGUUCUGGAUAUGAUUCAUCGUGGAGGACCAUUGGACCAGCGAGGUGUUACAAUAUGCCAAAUGAAUAUAGAAAUUCAUAAAGAUUUAAUGAAGGAUAUUACUGGAGAACGAGAGAAAUUUCAUGACUUUGUUUGGAAGCUGUUGGCCGAUAAGAAGUAUAUUAUGGUUAAACCAUUUUAUGUCUAUUGGUUUCAUCAAUUUAUUCGAACUGUUAUUAUCAAUGUUGCUGAUCCAGAGUGUACGAACUUAUACAUGAAUUGAAAUAAAUAUACUAAAUGUACAUAAAAUUUUCGAACCGGUUAGCUUUUUAAAUGUUCACCUGUUCUGUAACAGUGAUAAUUAUGUAAGAAAAGAUCUUUCUUAAUAAAUAAAUUAACACCUUU